AUGGCGACGGACGCGCAGCAGGCCGCCGCCAAGCUGCUCGCCUUUGUCGGCGCCGAGUCGCGGUCGCUGCGCCUCCACUUCUCCGCCCUCGUCGCCGUCCCGUUUGCGCACGGCGCGCACGUCUUCAUGCCCGCCACGGCGCUCGACCGCGGGCUCCUGCUCCGCCUGCUCGCGACGCUGCAGAAGCGGCUCGGCCGCUUCGACGACAAGUGCGUGCACGCCACGCAGGCCUUCUUCGAGACGCUGCCCGCGCACGGCGGCCUCUCCCUCCCGCAGCUCGACGCCGCGCUCAGCCGGGCGAAGCAGGCGAACGAGUCGGAGGAGAAGUGCCUGCGCGGCCACGACGCCCUCAAGGCGGUGGCGGCGCACGACUCCGUCGGCGGCGGCGAGGUGUACUCCGACGUGGCCUCCGCCGCGCACCUGGCCGCCGGCACGCUUCCCAAGGCGGCGCAGCUAAAGGCGCUCCGCGCGCACCUCGAGCAGGCCAAGCGCACGCUCGCCGCUGCGCUCCCGUCGCUCGGCUCGCUCCUCGAAGGGACGGUCAAGGCGGGCUUCGACGUGGGCGGUGCCUACCUCGGCUUCUGCUCCGAGCGCGCCAUCGUGGCGGCGCACCUCCUCAGCAGGGGCGGCGCGCACGACAGCGCGUGGCGGCAGACGCAAGGGGGCGGAGGGCGUGGCGGAGGGCGCACCUACGACGAGCUCAUCCAGGCCGCCAUCGUCGCCGGAGUCGGCCCGGCGCCCGGCGCAUUCGCUGGCGUCGGGCGGAGGGCCUGA